UAUUCUAAGCUCUACACGGAACUGAAAAAGGUUACACCAGUAAUGCUAACCAGCUGUGCAGCUAGUGUCACCGGUGUUGUCGCUGACAGCCUGUCACUUACCUUGCUGCUGUAACUAUAAUCUUGUUAGUAGAUACAGAGUUGAAUGACAGUGGCUGUGUUGCCUGUGCGUUAGUGUUUUACUAAAAUUUCGUGGAGCUGAGACGCUGAAAAUGAGAGAAGGAGUGUGUGGCCUGUGAUUCAGCUCUUGUGUAGCCAUGGAGAAGCCGUGGAGGUUGUGGGGGGCAAUGGAGCGUUGCACCCUCACUCUGGUGUCCUGGUCCUGGGGUGCCUGUCGUGUCUCCCUUUUGGCCCUUAUCCUCACCUUCCAUCUAUAUGGAGGAUUUUUUCUCCUCGCUCUCAUCUUAGCAUCUGUGGCAGGCAUCCUCUACAAAUUUCAGGAUGUUCUCCUCUAUUUUCCUGACCAGCCUUCCUCCUCUCGCCUUUAUGUUCCCAUGCCAACAGGAAUCCCACAUGAGAAUGUGUAUAUUCGUACUAAGGACGGUGUCAAGCUCAACCUCAUCCUGCUUCGUUACACAGGAGGGGACACAUCUCCUGGAGUCACUGCUGGAAAUCAAAGCUGCCCCACUUCUUCUGCUCCCCCUACGAUCCUUUAUUUCCAUGGUAAUGCAGGUAAUAUUGGUCACAGGGUGCCAAAUGCCCUGUUAAUGUUGGUCAAUCUAAAAGCUAACGUGGUGCUGGUGGACUACCGUGGUUAUGGAAAAAGUGAGGGUGAGCCCAGCGAGGAUGGGCUCUACCUUGAUGCCGAGGCCACGUUGGACUAUGUCAUGACCCGCCCUGAUCUAGACAAAACAAAGGUGGUACUCUUUGGUCGCUCACUAGGAGGUGCCGUGGCUGUUCGAUUGGCAUCAGUCAACCCUCAUAGAGUAGCAGCCAUUAUUGUUGAAAACACCUUCCUCAGCAUCCCCCAUAUGGCAGCAACGCUCUUCUCCUUCUUGCCCAUGCGCCUGCUCCCCUUGUGGUGCUAUAGGAAUAAGUUCCUGUCCUAUAGACAGGUGGCGCUGUGCCGCAUGCCUUCGCUGUUUGUGUCUGGUCUGUCUGAUCAGCUCAUCCCACCAGUUAUGAUGAAACAACUGUACGAGCUGUCUCCUGCACGGACUAAGCGCCUGGCUAUCUUUCCAGAGGGCACGCACAACGACACGUGGCAGUGUCAGGGCUAUUUUGCUGCUUUGGAGCAGUUCAUUAAAGACCUGCUGAAGAGCCAUGCCCACGAGGAGAGCGCUCAGCCUUCAGCUAGUGUCACCAUUAUCUAAAAAAGAAAAAAAAAAGUCAGGGACUGACUGUUCAUGGGCUUGAGUGGACUGAUUGGAAAAGCUUCACUGAUUCUUGGGAAGAAUGUACAUUUUUUAAUCCUUUUGUGUGGGGUUUUAUUUUAUUUCACUCUUUUUACCUUUCUGUAAAUUUAACAUGUCAAAAUAUUUUCACUGUUUCAAGGUUCUAAGAGAGGGUAAGAAUGUCCUCCUGAGUUUGUUUGCAGAUAUGUAUGCAUGUAUUUUUGAUGUUUUUUAACGAAUGAAGCCAGAUCAUACAUGUCACAACACAGAAGACUUUGCUCUAGUAAGUCUGCUCGAAUGAAUUAAAGUCAGUGAAACAGU